AUGCGUAUAUUUGGAGCCUCCCUCUUUGUCCUGAAGGCGAUCAUUUGGCUGCCUAUUGCUGUUUAUGUGCCAGCUCUAACCUUCAAUCAGGUCAGUGGUAUAGGAAUCCAUACCAUUACGCCGAUUGUGAUCAUUAUCUGCACUUUCUAUACCACGGUCGGUGGCAUUAGAGGUGUUGUCUGGACGGAUGUUGUACAGAGUAUUGUAAUGUACGGAUCGCUAGUUGUCAUUAUGGUCAAAGGCACCCUAGAUCUGGGUGGAUUUGAUGUAGUCUGGCAACGCAAUGCAGAUGGCGGUCGUCUUAAUCUACCCGAAUGGAGCCUAGAUCCCACAGUGCGUUUGAGCGUCUUAUCGGUAUUUUUGGGCGGUACUUUCUUUAAGCUGCAGAGCACAUCGAUCAACCAGACCACCAUACAGCGUUUCAUGUCUUUGCCCUCCUUAAAGGAAAUUAAACAGACGCUUUUCAUCUUUAGCAUUGGACUGAUUCUGCUUUACAUGGGAUGCAUUUAUGUGGGUCUUGUGUGCUUUGCCACCUACUAUGACUGUGAUCCAAUGAGCACUGGUCUGGCUGGGCGUCGGGAUCAGCUGGUGCCGUUGCUGGUGAUGCGGGUCCUGGGAGUUGUGCCCGGACUGCCGGGUCUCUUUGUUUCCGCCGUUUUUAGUGCUGCUCUCAGCUCGCUGUCGACGCUGCUCAAUUCCUUGGCUGCCGUCAUAUUGGAGGACUUUGUGAAGCCCCGCAUGAAGAACAAGCCCAUGUCGGAGCGCACAGUGGCUUUGACAAUGCGCCUGGUUGUGAUUGUAUUCGGUAUCAGCUCUAUUUUCAUGGUGUAUGUGGUGGAGCAUCUGGGCAUGGUGCUUCAACUAUCCGCUACAUUACAGUCCAGCUUGUAUGGUCCCAUGCUAGGCAUAUUUACCGUGGGCAUGCUAAUGCCCUGGGUGGACGAAAAGAGCAUGUUUAUUAGUAGUAUUUUCUCAUUUGGCAUUAUGGCUUGGAUCGCUGUCAAUGCACAGAUCGCCAAUGUUACCGGCUCUUUUCGUCACACCAAGCUGCCGGUUUCUGUAGAGCAUUGUGAUUACGAUUUCGAUAUGAAUCGUUAUCUUAAUUCCACAGCCGAAUAUGAACCACACAGUGGGACUUCUGUAUAUCACAUGUCAUUCCUGUUGUACACCUUGAUUGGCGCCUCCCUAAAUAUUUUAUUCUCAAACCUGGCUACGUUCAUAUUUGGACGUCAGGAUGUACAUACAGUGGAUGUGCAGCUAUUGGCUCCAGUUCUUCAACGCUAUAUGAGCAAGAAUAAGGAUUAUGAAGCUGUUAAGCUACAGAAGCGAUUCAUAGGUGUCGAUAACGCGGACUGA